AUGGUGAGGAUAGACCAAUCACCUCUCACGAUUGAUGAACUUGUCCGUCAACGAUCACAAGAAAUUCCCCUGGAGCCGAUCGUCUCCUCUUCAUCUUCCGGCAUCGAAUAUGUAGACUACAACUCAAGACAAAUCGACAUCUUUGCCUUCCGCGUGGCACAGAUAUACAAAACUCUCAUUCCUCAGCGGUUCUCCUCGUCAGAUCCAGAAGUCGUGGUGGGACUGCUGGGUCCUUCGAAUUUUGAGUAUUUCAUCAGCGUUCUUGCCCUGACGAAGCUGGGCCACACAGUUUUGUUUCUUUCGACGAGGAUAUCCAUUGCUGCUUAUAGAUCGCUUCUCGAGACCACCGGAGCAAAACACCUUUUGGUGGAUGCCUCCUUCCAAGAGACGGCUGCCCAGGUCAAGGCGCAGUGUGCGUCUGUUCACGUCCAUGAGAUUAUAGACGCGACAAGUUACAACUUUGCAACCACCGAUGACACGGUGGAUACAAGGAUGUGUCAACACCUUCAACCCGAAAUAGAGUCGAAGAAGGUCUCCUGGAUCAUCCACUCCAGCGGAUCGACCGGCCUCCCAAAGCCCAUUUACCAAACCCAUAGCGCCGCUUUGAUUAACUACGCAACGAAUCUCAACCUGAGGGGGUUCAUUACCUUGCCUCUCUACCACGCACACGGUAUCAGCAGCAUUUAUAUCUAUAGCGCGAGUCUACCUCUGACGCAUCACAACUUGCUCAGUAUCAUGCAGCGGUAUCGUUUUGAUAUCUUCUACGGCGUUCCUUAUGCACUCAAGCUUCUUGGAGAAAGUCCUGAGGGGAUUGCAGCUUUAGCAAGGUUGAAGGUUGUGAUGUUUGGAGGUUCUGCUUGCCCGGAUGCUUUGGGCGAUCAGUUGGUUGACAAUGGGGUCAAUCUCAUCAGCCACUACGGAACCACCGAAACGGGACAGCUCAUGACAUCCUUCCGAGAGCACGGCGAUAAGUCCUGGGACUAUGUCCGCGCUGGAAGUGCUGUCCAGCCAUAUUUGAGUUGGGAACUUCGAAGUCCAGGUAUUUACGAAUUGGCGGUUUUGAAGGGAUGGUCGUUGUUGGUUGCUUCGAACCGCCCGGAUGGCUCUUACGCGACCAAAGAUCUGUUCACUCCUCACCCCACGAUACCCAAUGCAUGGAAGUACUUUGCUCGCCUCGACGAUACCAUCGUUCUUAUGAACGGUGAGAAGGUUGUUCCAAACUCAUUUGAGCAUCUGAUUCGACAUGACAAGCUCGUCGCUGAAGCCGUUCUCUUCGGGAGUGGAAAAGCCCGUGCUGGUCUUAUGAUAAUCCCUUCUGAAGCUGCACGCGAUCUGUCCGCGGACGAAGUGCGAAAUGCACUGGUUCCAACACUUAACGAAGCGAACAAGGAUAUGCCAGGAUACGGUCAGAUCACCUUGGACAUGGUUGAGGUCUUACCGGUUGGGACCGAAUAUCCAAGAACCGACAAAAGCACCGUCAUUCGAGCUGCUUUCUACCGCACGUUCGAAUCGCAGGUCCAAAAGGUGUACGACAGUGCAGAUGUUCCGUCGGGGAACUUGUGCCUGACGGAAGCUGAGCUGGUAGAGUACAUCCGCACUGAGCUGCUCAAGAUCCUCCCUCCAAACUCCUCCGUGCCGCUUUCCAAUGACAUCGAUUUCUUCUCGAUCGGUAUUGAUUCAUUACUAGCGAUCCAACUCCGAACCGUUCUCAGCAAGAAUAUCGAUACCAACAAGACCAAGCUGGGUUCGAAUGUCGUUUUUGAUUUCCCGUCUAUCAAUGCAUUGGCUCAUGAAUUAUAUCGUCUUCGAACGGGUGGCGAUUCAACAACUAUUUCCAUUCAAGACAAAAUGACUGAGCUUAUUGAGAAAUAUUCAGUAUUUGAACCACAUGUGCCCGUUGCCAACAGCACUGAGGAGCAGUAUUUGGUCGUGACAGGCGCUACUGGAUCUCUCGGUGCUCACCUCGUCUCCCAGCUCGUUCUUCGUGAGGACAUGAAGAAGGUCUAUUGCCUUGUCCGUGCUUCAUCACAAGAAAACGCAUAUCUGCGAGUGGUUCGUUCGAUGCAGGAACGUGCUGUAUAUGAUCACCUCCCACUUGCCGGUCGAGAGAAGAUCGUUGCGCUUCCAUCGCAUUUCGGCGAUGCGUCUCUGGGUCUCAGCUCUAAGAUGUAUUCUGAAAUUGUAUCAAACAUCACUGGGCUCAUCCACUGCGCUUGGUCUGUCAAUUUUAAUCUCGGUCUCGGCUCUUUCGAAGCAGACUGCAUUGCAGGUGCACACAAUCUGAUCGCCCUUUGUUUGAAAUCUCACCAUCCCGAGCCCGCAACAUUCAACUUUUGCUCGUCAGUGAGUGCUGUUGCUCGUACCAAGGGUGGAUUCCUCUUCGAAGCACUGCCUGAAAGUCUGGACUAUGCUCAAGGCAUGGGAUACGCCCAAUCCAAACUCGUGACGGAACACAUCUGCGUUGCAGCCGCCAAGUCAUAUGGCAUCAAGACAAGAGUUCUGCGGGUCGGCCAAGUCAUUGCGGAUACGGCCUAUGGCAUCUGGAAUGCGACUGAAGCUAUUCCCCUCAUGAUGCAAGCCGCUCUGACGAUCGGCGCGAUACCUAGGCUUGACGAGAGCCCGCUGUGGCUUCCCGUUGACGUGGUAGCAUCUACCGUCUCCGACAUUUCCUUGGGGACCGCUGCUGCAGGAGUGAUGAAUGUGGUGAACCACCACAGCUUCCACUGGACCCGCGAUCUCAUUCCCGCGCUCCACGCAGCCGGACUCGAAUUCCAAGAACUGGGACAGAAGGAAUGGGUUGCCGCGCUGCGAAGAUCCAAUCCUGAUCCCGUAACCAAUCCGCCCAUCAAACUCGUCGACUUCUUCGCCAGCAAGUACGACAACGAUAGCCCCAAAUUGGCUCUCACAUACGAUACCUCCUACGCACGUUUCUUGUCGCCCUCGCUCGCUUCCGCGCCCGUCCUCUCUCAGUCCCUCGUCGACAAAUUCGUCUCUCACUUCCAAGCCACAUCAUGGGUGCUGAAAGUGGUGUUUGUUCUGUUGGAAGUUGAUGUGGCCGAUGUGUUGCGCGAGAUGUGCGUGGAGAAGGAGGGGCAUUAUAUAAGUAGAGAUAUAGUAGAGUGA